AUGUCCAAGGUCGUGCGCAGUGUUAAGAACGUCACAAAGGGGUACUCCUCAGUGCAGGUCAAGGUCCGAAAUGCCACAAGUAAUGACCCCUGGGGCCCUACGGGCACCGACAUGUCCGAGAUUGCCGCCAUGACUUUCGGGAGUCCGAACGAGUUCUACGAAAUCAUGGACAUGCUCGACAAGCGACUGAAUGAUAAGGGCAAGAAUUGGCGGCACGUGCUGAAGUCACUCAAGGUCCUAGACUACUGUCUUCACGAAGGCUCGGAGUUGGUGGUGACAUGGGCGCGGAAAAACGUCUACAUUAUCAAGACUCUGCGCGAAUUCCAAUACGUCGACGAAGAAGGAAGAGAUGUUGGCCAGAAUGUCCGAGUGGCAGCAAAGGAAUUGACCGCCUUGGUACUGGACGAAGACCGACUGCGCAGCGAACGAUCGGACCGAAAGCUCUGGAAGACCCGUGUCAGUGGGCUCGAUGAAGGCUAUGGAAACUCCGGGGGCGAACCCCCACGCCGAGAGCGACGCCGACGCAACCCGGACGAUGAGGACGAUACCGAGUACCGUUUGGCCAUCGAAGCCAGCAAGAACGAAGCCGAGGAAGAGCGCAGGCGACGGGCCAAAGAGACCAUGGCAGGCGAAGAGGAUGAGGACCUAGCCAAGGCUAUCAAGCUCAGCAGAGAAGAAGAAGACCUCCGCAAGCGUGAAUUGGAAGAGAGCAACGCACAAUCUCUUUUCGACGACACUCCCGCUCAAGUCCAGCCAACCGGCUUUAACCAGGGCUACCAGCAACAGGGUGCUGUGGAUUGGUUCGGAAACCCCAUCAAUGUGCAGCAGCCUAUGACGACCGGCUUCUUGAACAACCAGUAUGCCCAGCCAACAGGAUUCCAGAACCAGCCCACCGGCAUGAACAAUCCCUACGCCAAUGGCUACCAACAGCCCUCGGCCUUUGACCAGAACCCUUACGGCCAAGCUCAGAACAAUUUCUUGCAACCGCAGGCUGCUCUUCAGCCUCAGCAAACCGCAUUCAACCCCAACAACCCCUACGGUGGUGGUGAUAUCUUCGCGCAGCAAUCUCAACAACAGCAGCAACCCCAGGAGAACUACCCGACAGCAGGAAGCAACAACCCAUGGGGCGGCAACCAGCAACAGCAACAAGCCGAUGCCUUGAAGCCUAUGCAGACCGGAUCAAACAAUCCCUUCGCCCAGCGUACUCAGACACAGUUCAACAACCCCGCACAGACUGGACCUCCAACUCUGAACUCCUUGGCGGAGGACCGCGCAACGAACCAGUUCAACCAAGGAAACUCGAACCAGUUCGGUCAAAUGAACAAGCCAUUCAACCAGCCCUCUCAACCCAACCCAAUUUCCGGAUUCCAACCCCCACAGCCACCGAAGAGCACUCCACCCAUGUCACAGGAUCCUCACCAUGCUCGUCUGAACGCACUUCUCGCAUCAGGCGAGGGCCUGGACACCUUCGGAAACGUUGGAGACCUCCGAAUUCCCGCGCAGCACACAGCCCCGGGCACAUUCGUCAACUCUGCCGGCCAAGGUCUGGACCGACUACACGCCACGCCUACUGGAAACAACCCAUUCUUCGGUCAGCAAUUCACAGGCAUGCCCCAGCAGACCGGCUUUACGCAGCAGCCUACCAACAACCCCUGGGGCGGUCAGCAGCAGCAACAGCGCGGAGGUAGCCUCAUUGACCUGUAA